CGCAAGCAAAUAAUCCACUAGUGAUAAGACCAUUGGUUAGUACUGUAAGAUUUUAAUGAUGCAUUUCAAACAUUCACCACUUGAUGGAACCAAACAACGGACAAAAUGGCUCUUUAAAAUUGACAUCCAAGACGAUAGGUGGCAGCACUCGUAGUUCCGGGCUUUUCGUGUUCUAUUUAUAACCAAGACGUCGACGGUCACUCUUUAAAAAAAAGAAGCUUUUAAUGAAUAUCUACAUCUUUAUUUUAAAACUUAGCUCACAUUAUAUUCGCUGGAUUUAACGAUACCUUCAACAAUGCGCCCAUGGUAACGUAAUAUGACCGAAUUCAGACGUUAAUCGUUUUGUUUAGAAGCUAAUGCUAAGGUUGCUAAGAACAGUCCGUACAUGUAUGGUUUAAAAAGUGCUAUUAAAAGAUUUAUGUUAACGCUAUCUUUAAGAAACCAACAUAUUUGACUUGUGUAAAACAACUGAACAUUUAAUUCCCGGGAUAAUGUUGUAAUUGUUGGUAAAUUAGCAACUUUCCAUCUGAAAUGGUUUAGUUUAAGACUGUGUUCAAUACAUUAUCAUUGGACUUGGUUCAAUUACAGCCACUCCACAUGGCAGCCUUUGGCUUUACUCCAGCCAAUAAUGAAGACUUUUUCAGUGCCGGAGCAAAACAACAGUCUCGCUGUAAAUUCAAAAGUGCACUUAGUGGGGAAGAGAUCAGGAAUUUCUAUGAGGGUUUGAUAAAAGGAGGAGACGAAGAACCAAAGUCGUCAAAAAGUGAAUUUAACAAGAGAACCAAUGGGAGAAGCCGUGUGAGUAAACCAAAAAAUAGAGACUCUAUUAGAAGACAAAGAAGAGUUGGAGAUGCAGAGGUGCAGCGGGAUCAGGCCGGAUCAGCAGCUCCUCAAGGAGGUGGAGAAGCUGAGGCGACACCGAGGGAGAGGAGCGACUCAGAAAGGUGUGUGGAGCUCCUGGGGCUGCGGUUUCUGCGCUGUGCUCACACAGGUGACAUACCUGGACUCAGAGACCUGCUGUCAAAGGGGGUGGACAUUAACUUUCAGGAUACAUAUUUAUGGACGGCCAUAAUGUGUGCAAGUUGGUCUGGACAAAGAGCUGCAGUGAAGCUCCUGCUGCAGCACGGAGCUGCCUGGGUUGGAGUGGUGGACAUGCAGGGAAGAGAUGCUACACACCUGGCAGUGGAGGCUGGCCACAAAGAUGUGCUGGAAGAGCUGGAGAACUAUGGAAAACACAAGCCAAAGGAAACAAAAUCUGACAGCGCCCUCCAGAUGCAGUGGUGUGAAGUGUGUGGUUCUAGUUACAGCAGCAGCAGCCUGUCGUCACACCUCUCCUCCACUCUCCAUCAGUUCAGUCUGCACCGGCCUCCACCCACACCCUUCUACUGUCUACCUGCCUCGAGCAACAGCUACAAGAUGAUGCUUCGCAGCGGCUGGACGCCAGGGAGAGGCCUGGGGCCAGAGGGGGAGGGUCCUCACCAGCCGGUACCUACGGUGCUGAAAAGAGACCAGAAAGGACUGGGCUACGGACCGGUGAAGAGAGCCAAGGUUACACACUUCCAAGCCAGAGACCGCGAUGCAGUGAAACCACCAACACAGGUGAAGGAGGAGAGGAUAGGAAAAGGGAAGAGGAAGGAAGACAGUAGGAGGAAGGAGCAGAGAGACAAGAACUGGGAAAGAGAUUUCCGAGCCUCUUUUUAUCUUUGACACCUGUUCAAAGUGACUUUCUGCGACAUUUCUUGUUUUGCCAACAGCAGACGUAAAUCAAAAGAUUAUCCGGAAGCUGUCUCAGAACGACUGCACUACCUCUCAUUGGACGGGACGACUCAGUAGAACAGUGGAACCAAGAGCCAGGUGCUGGGGAUUUGAACCCGUGACUCUCAGACUUCAGUUUGGACUGUUGAGAGCUGAUGUAAUGUGUUUAUUAAACUGAGGCUGAUGCUAACGUUGUAUGAGCUAACAUAAAUCCAUGUGGUCGGCCUCAGUGUUGGUGAGCUGAUCUUUGGUCGUGUCACUUCCUGUAGGACAGGUUGUGAAAGGAUCAGAUUCAGGACCUGAGUGAUCAGUGAGGCACGUGUUUCUGUUGAGUCAUGAUCAUUGUUUGUCUGCUGUAAACCAGCUCUUUAUCAGAACUAUAAAACAUUGGCUCUGAUUAGAUGUUGCUGGAUUGAAGCUUUUAUUGCCGUAAGACUCAAACCAAGGCAUCGACCUUUAACCUUUACCUAAACUAACCACAAUCUUUUAUUUCAAUAUUAGAUAUUUUUAACAAAUAUUUUUUUCCACUGGAGAAUUCUGUUGAGAAGUUUAGUGAACACGCUGUCGUCUCUCAGCUAAUGCUAACCAGUCAUUGUGAUCUCACUAACAUGUAACUGUUGACUGUUACUUUGAAGGAAACAGAAUGUGACCCUGAACCACUGCAGCAGUGAGUACAGCCGUUGGUCGGGGCAGCUGGGCAGUAGGUGAGGUCACUGCGGCCCCUGUGGGCAAAAAAAAAA